AAAUUUAGAAAGAAUACAAUACCUAAUGCACAAUGCUAUUUCUUAGCUGGCCCUGCAUCAGUAAAUAGUGCUUAAAAAUAAAACAGUUGUCGCUUUCUUCGGCCGCCGAUUGUUUUUCUCGUAUGUUGGGACUUGUGCGUGCGAAUCUCAUGGUUGACAUGUCAACGUAAAUUACAUUCGAAACCGAAAUCUACGAUGGAUGUCUACCACGCUCCACAAUAUCUACCAGAUUUGGUGCUGGACAUUAUAUUCUCGAACCUGGAGUUACCUGACUUGCUCAGCUGCAUGCUAGUCUGUCAAAAUUGGUAUAGAGUACUUAAUUCCAGCAGAGCAGAACCAUGGAAAUUAAUGUGUCGGCGUAAAAUACCCGAAGAAUUGCUGAAGUCUGAACUACUGUCACAGCUUAGUACUCCCAAGGCUAAGUUGCGGGCCUUGUAUCAUGCAUGGAAUCAAGACGAUUGUUCUAUGCACAUUGUGGUCAAGCAAAAUGGUUUUACAUUGCAUCGUAAUCCAGUUGCUCAGAGUACAGAUAUGGCACGGACCAAAAUAGGCUAUAGCCAUGGGAAACAUGUAUGGGAAGUCACAUGGACUGGACCACUUGGUACGGUUGCAAUGGUCGGUGUGUCAACAAAAGAAGCACCAGUGCAUUGUAACGGUUAUUUACCUCUAUUGGGUAUUGACAAGCAUAGCUGGGGUUGGAAUCUGAUUGACAAUGUCUUGUUGCAUAAUGGAGUAUCACAAGGCAAUUAUCCAUUGUUAAACAAUGCUCCUAAGUAUCAAAUAGGUGAAAAAUUGCAAUUAGUAUUAGAUUGUGAAAAUGGUGUUUUACACUUUGAAAAAUGUAAUGAAUUUUUAGGCAUUGCUUUCAAAAAUUUACCAAAAACAAAACUAUAUCCCUCUGUAUCAGCUGUAUAUGGUAAUACAGAAAUAUCAGUAGUAUAUAUUGGCAAACCUUUAUGUGGUUAAGUGUUCUACCA